GGUACUUGGAAGUCACGUUUCUCGUAAACCUUCUCUUAUAGGUUAUAUUUAUUUCUUACAGUUCUGUUCAAACUAAUUCUUUCAGAUAUGAAACCUUUAAUGUUACACGGCCAUGAAAGGGCCAUCACCCAAAUCAAGUACAAUAGAGAAGGAGACUUAUUAUUCUCUUCAGCCAAAGAUCACUGUCCUAAUGUUUGGUAUUCUCUUAAUGGCGAAAGGCUAGGUAACUUCAUUGGACAUAUUGGUGCUGUAUGGUGUCUUGACAUCAACUGGGAAAGCACUAAAUUUAUGUCUGGUGCUGCUGAUAACACCCUAAAAUUAUGGGACUGUUCUAAUGGUGUAGAGAUUGGAAAUAUUAACACCAAAUCAACUGUGAGGACAUGUGUCUUCAGUUAUUCAGGCAACUUGGCUGCUUAUUCCACUGAUACUCAGAGGAAACAAAUUUGUGAAAUCAAUGUAAUUGACUGUAGGAUUAGUGACUCGUUUGGUUCCGAACCAAUACUGUGUAUACCAGUACCAGAGUCAAAGGUGACGGCAUUAUUUUGGGGCCCUCUGGACGAAAUGGUCGUCACUGGACAUGAAAACGGAAAAAUUACUCAAUGGGAUAUGAGGACUGGAAAACAGUUGAACCAGAUCGAUGGUCAUUCUGGUUCUAUUAAUGACAUGCAACCUUCCAAAGAGGGAAUGAUGUUCAUUACCGCAUCUAGCGAUCACACAUCCAAACUCUUUGAUACUGAACAGUUGUUAAAUCUUAAAACCUAUGUUACUGAACGACCUGUUAAUAGUGCAUCAAUCUCACCUAUAUUAGAUCAUGUUGUUCUUGGCGGUGGUCAGGAAGCUUCAGUUGUAACAACUACAUCGACAAGAGUAGGAAAAUUCGAUGCAAGGUUUUAUCACAUGGUUUUUGAAGAAGAGUUUGGUAGAGUAAAAGGACAUUUUGGUCCUAUUAAUUCGCUUGCAUUUCAUCCAGACGGCAGAUCCUAUGCCAGCGGAGGAGAGGAUGGUUACGUUAGAGUUCAUUACUUUGAUCCUUCUUAUUUUGAAUUUACAUUUGAUUGUUAAGUAUUGUAUUUUAUUGCUUUUUGUAAAAAAUAAAAUCAGUAAAAAAUUAAAUUUUUGGUUGUACAUUCCCUAAUGGGUCUCCAUUUUAUGAUAA